AUGAUCAUGCAAGUCGCCUUGAUUACAGGUGGCGGCUCGGGCAUGGGCUUCGCGGUUGCGCAGAAACUGGUUAGGGAGAACUGGCUCGUAGCUAUCGUAGACCUGAACGAAGAUGAUGGAUUGAAAGCUGCUCGUGAUCUGGGAAGCAACGCAUCAUUCGUUAAAGCGAAUGUAGUCAAGUACAAUGAGCAGCUCGAGGCAUUUGAGAAGACAUUCACAAAGCAUGGCCGCCUUGAUUUUGUUUUUGCGAACGCUGGGAUUGCAGGCCUACCAGAUUUCUACGACAAGGCCAAGACGUGGCCACCACAGCCGCCUUCGCUUCUGGUACAACACGUCAACCUGACGGGAGUGGAAUACUCAGCAUAUCUUGCGAUGCAUUAUAUGCGGCGUAACAAUGAGCCUGGAGGAGUCAUUAUAAUCACAGCUUCUGGUUAG